ACACACGCGCACAAGUUCACCGUAUACGCACACAUUCGCACAGGAACACCGAACCUCAGUCAGGACGAUUCGCCCAGUCAACUUUCCAGGCAUCACGCAUUACUACACACAGCUGCUGCAGAGGUGGAUAUCAGACACACAGAGUAUCUUCGCUGGCUGCUGAUUUCACGGGGGGAGAGCGGAGCGUGCUGUUUUUUUUUCUUCAAUCGGAAUAUGAGUGCAUGAAACUUUUAAGGAACUUUUCCACGCAGUAAGACCGUGCCAACGUAACGCCAAAAGAUGCCGGAGAGAAUAAGCAUUUCGGAUUUCGUCCAUCUGACAAAUGAGGAUUUGGCGUCGCCGGGGACAUCCACGUUUCAGUCCAAAAUGAGCGACUGUCGGAACACAGUUUCGGCUGUAGAGGAGUGCCUGGAGCUGGACCAGACAACUCUGCAGAGGAUGAAGAAGAUAAUCAAGGCUAUACACAGCUCUGGACUUGCCCACGUUGACAACAAGGAGCAGUACACAGAGGUCCUGGAGAACCUGGGGAACAGCCACUUGAUCCAGGACAACAACGAGGUAUCCACGGGCUUCCUGAACCUGGCCGUGUUCACCAGGGAGGUGACGGCACUCUUCAAGAACCUGGUGCAGAACCUCAACAACAUCAUGGCCUUCCCUCUGGAGAACGUCCUGAAGACAGAGACUAGGGAGGGAAGGCUGGAGCUGAAGAAACAGAUGGAGAAGAGUUGGAAGGAGUACGACACGAAGAUGGUGAAGCUGGAGAAGGAGAGGCGGGAGAAGGGAAGGCAGCCGGGGCUGAUCAGGACGGAGGGACCAGAAGGAGGAGAAGACAUGGAGAGGGAGAGGAGGGUCUUCCAGCUGCAGAUGUGUGAGUACCUUCUGAAGAUCCAAGAGCUGAAGGUCCGACAGGGCCCAGAUCUUCUCCAAAGCCUCAUAAAGUACUUCCAGGCUCAGCUCAGUUUCUUCCAGGAUGGGUUGAAAGCGGCAGAUAACCUAACUCCCUUCGUGGAGAAGCUGGCCACCUCGGUCCACGCGGUACGUCUGGAGCAGGACGAGGAGGUGCGGCAGCUGUCCCAACUCAGGGACUCUCUCAGACUACUGCUGCAGGUGGACGGCAAAGAGGAGUACAUGAACAGGAAGAACUCUGGCAACGGCUACAGCAUUCACCAACCGCAGGGCAACAAGAAGUACGGCACGGAGAAGUCUGGCUUCCUGCUGAAGAAGAGCGAUGGCAUCAGGAAGGUGUGGCAGAAGAGAAAGUGUGGGGUGAAAUACGGCUGCCUCACCAUCUCCCACAGCACGAUCAACCGCCCGCCCGCUAAGCUGAACCUGCUGACCUGCCAGGUGCGGGCCAACCCCGAGGAGAGGAGGACCUUUGACCUGGUCACCCGCAAUCGUACGUACCAUUUCCAGGCAGAUGACGAGGAGGAGUGUUUGAUCUGGGUGUCAGUGCUGCAGAACAGCAAGGAGGAGGCCCUGAACACGGCGCUGGGCGGAGACCAGCUCCACCUACAGGACAGCGGGCUCCAGGAGCUGUCCCGCGCCGUCAUCGCCGAGCUCCACCACCUGCCCGGCAACGACGUCUGCGCCGACUGCGGAGCCCCAGAGCCCACAUGGCUCUCCACCAACCUGGGCAUCCUGACGUGCAUCGAGUGCUCUGGGAUCCACCGGGAGCUGGGGGUCCACUACUCCAGGAUCCAGUCGCUCACGCUGGACGUGCUCAGCACCUCCGAGCUCCUGUUGGCCGUCAGUAUUGGCAACACACGUUUCAAUGACAUCAUGGAGGCGGGACUCCCCAAUGACUCUGUUAAGCCCCUCCCACAAAGUGACAUGAACGCCAGGAAGGAGUACAUCGUGGCGAAGUACGUGGACCGGCGCUACGUCGUACGGCGGGAGGACGGCCGCGAGCCCUGCCGGGCCUACGCCGCCGUCAGGGGCCGUGACAUCACUUCCCUUCUGCAGCUGUACGCCGAGGGGGAGGACCUGGCCAAGCCCCUCAGGCUACCCGACGGACACAAGGACACCAGAGAGACGGCUCUCCAUCAUGCCGUGCUUAUGGAGGAGAAGAGCUCGCUGGCACUGGUGGACUUCCUCAUUCAGAACAGCAACUGUCUGGAGAAGAGGACAGCAGAGGGCAACACGGCUCUGCACUACAGUGUCCUGCAUCACAAGCCUGAGUCUCUCAAACUGCUGCUGAAGGGGAAAGCUGCCCUGCACACAGCAAACACAUCCGGAGAGACGGCCUUGGAUAUCGCACAGAGGCUGCAGCAGACGCAAUCCAUCGAGCUGUUGGAGUUAGCCAAAAGUGGGAAGUUUAACUCCCAGAUCCACGUGGAGUUCAUCUGGGAGAUCGAUUCGUCUCAGGACAUCUACGACAGCGAGGACGACCUGGAUGACAGGGCGAGCCCCAGGUUAUCCCGGAUCCACCGCUCCUCCGCUCCCACGGGUGGCGCCGCGCCGUCGACCCGCUGGAGCGGCGUGAACGGGGGCAGCAGGCCGUGUCAGACCUACGAGAACGUGGACUACCAGUACAAGACCUCCAGCCCGAGCAGCAGCGCGCUCUCAGAGGUGUCCAUGCCCCCGCCGCUGCCCGUCAAAUCCAUCCAGAGAGGUCGCUCCGACCCCCAGCUCUCCUUCGCCCCCCCGGAGACGAGCCCCGGCCACAGCCCCAGACACUCGGUCUACCAGAACUCCCCGGCCAGAGCCAGCCCCCCCUCACCCGGCCACGACACCCAGGGGGGCCGCCCCCCCAGGUCUCCCCAGGGUCAGAGUGCGGUGCUGCGGGGCCACAGGCAGACCAUGUCCUGGGAGGGCCAGUCGCUGUCUCAGAACCACAUCGGCCCCGUCAGCUCUGAGAAGACCACCUCGUACCGCCGGACCAGCAGCGGGUCGGGGGGACAGGGGAAGUGUGUCGCCACGCCGACCAGCUGCCCCACCGCCAGUGAGGAGCUGUACUGCAGCCUGCUGGGCAACGGCGCCCCCCCGACCCCGCCCGCCCAGACGCCGAGCGCGGCCCCGCCCACCGCCCAGAACCCCCCCACGCUGGUCACCAUACCGCCACCACGGCAACGCAGGAACGCUAUGGUGUCUGGCAGCCGACCCCGGCAGAAGCGCGUCAAAGCCCUGGUGGACUGCCGGGCGGUGGGCUCGGAGCAGCUGGCCUUCUUCAAGGACGAGGUGAUCGUUGUCACGGCCACCGAGGACCCCCACUGGUGGGUCGGCCACAUCGACGGAGACUCGUCGAGAAGCGGCACCUUCCCCGUCAACUACGUGCACAAACACGGAGACUGAGGGGACCCCCCCCCGGGACCCCAGAUAUCUGCGCAUGAGCAAAUAGGAGAAGAACUGAAAGACCCCGGGAUGCUUCCUCAAAACGCCUGAAGCAGGAGAGUGUAAUUCCCCCCCCCCCCUCCCCCCCCGAAAAAAGAGAACUCCAACACGUAUGCGACAGGAUGCUGGAGUUGGCUGAGGUGCCAAUGCGCUUUUUCCACGAGGACGGAGAAACGAAGGCAACCCCAGAAACCGAGCUGGGCUUUGGCCGUAGCGGACAAUGAUCUACAGUCUUCUGCUGGCGACCCAGCCUGGGUUUGACCCAGGCACCUCUCUACCUUAAGCCAUUUUCCUAACGUGUUUCCUGGGCUCACACAUUGUACCUUUGUUUUACACUAGUAAAAAUACUAAUGGGCACCAGUGACGCGGUAUUUCCCCCCCCGUCACAUGGUAUUCAUCACAGAAAUAACCCGGGAUUUGGUAGAACGUCAUUUGAACCGAUGUUGACACAAGCGUGUUUGCGAGCGGUGGAGCAGAAACCAAAAAUCUACGACCUGCACAUAAAAUAAACUGUAAACUCGGGGGGGGGGGGGGGGGGGGGGGGGCGCCUUGGAGACGCUAACCUCAACGAGAGGCCGCGCAGAGGGGCGAAGGCACACCCUUUGCUGGGAAGUGACAGAGCGGCUGUAUCACCAUGCCCAACGGAAACCAGAGGACACAGCCAGAGCCAGACGACGCGGAGGACGACUCGGGUUCAUUCCCCUUGCCCAGUUCCUCCCGUCUCCUCCCCACCACCCUGCCCAGUGCCCAGGGACUGAGGAUAAGUGGUGCCUACCAGUCUGCCUGCCGGCAGAACGGCAGACCUCCGGACGAGUCUCCAGGUGAAACCUUAGCCCCCCCCAGGAGUCUAGCUUGAGUCCGGGCACACUGCCAGUGCGCAGUGUGGCGCUGGUCUGAUUGGAGGAUUGUCUGAAGGAUCUGGUUUCUCGAGGCCUCCUCCAGAGAGUAUCAGGAGAGAGUUGUGGAAGGAUCGUCGGCGUCUCUCCACUCUGUAGCACUUACAAAGGGCCGGGCAGCCAUAGACCCAGCAUGCCACACACAGCAAUGUGUUCAGUAAACUCUGUUUAGGUGGUACACUCUACAGUAUGUUCAUAACUAAUGCAAUCACAUUAAUCAGACCUAUUGGCACAAUUAUUCUUUGCUCUUAAUAUACAUAUGGUACUUAUUUACCCUGUCCUUUGAUACAUUUAUUUUUAUAUAUAUGUAGAUAUAAAAAGUGUUACGGUUAACAACAGCAUGCCUUUUGUACAUAGCACUGUUGUAUUAUAUAUUCCCUGUCUCUUAAAACAUUUAUUGUAAACACAAUCUUUUCUAUGAUUGAGGGAUGCUUGAUACGUCAAAGUACAAUGAAUUUGAGCUCCUGAUGUUUGUGAUUUCAUUUGCUGCUUAAAAUAUUUUUGCAGCAGGUCUUACCAUUUGUUGUUCAUGUUUCCAUAAUGUUUGUCAUGGUAUCGUUGUCCUUAAUGACAGUUCCAGAUGUGCUCUUUGUUUGCCCAUGUUUAAGGAUAUUUAAAGACAUAGAAAAAAUCAAAUUGAUAUUUGCAGGUCUUACUUGGGUGAAGUGCUAUAAAAUCAAUGUUGCAUGAAUCCAUUAGUGUAUAAUGUACAGAGGAAAUUCCUAUUGCCCUGGCUGGUGCCCCAAUGUGUCGUCCAAUUGCUGCAGAGAGCUAAUGGUUAGCUAAUGCCCUUUAAGUUCAAUGUGGGCAGGAGAUGUCUAAAUAAUUAAUUUAAUUUGAGAUAAUGUCUUGUACUAAAGACUGCCAUACACACUCCAGUAGUAGACAGAAAACGUUCUACUUGCUUGUGGGAGUACUAGAGGCACCAUACAGUAAUUUCGUCUGAUCUGAUAUUCUGAUGUAAAGUGUAACAAUGCAUGUUCUGUGACAUUCAAACCAAGCUGCUGCCAUUUUUUUUUUGCUAAAGCUUGCAGCCAUGGUUACAACCGCACCGAAUGUUCAAGGUUUAAACGCAGAAAGUGAUAUCAGAUAGCUGGACGCCGUAUCAUGUAGGAAGUCUGUAGUCUGUACUCUCAUUGUCUCAGAUUUCACUUCUUCCUUCCUCAAUCCUCCUGUCCAGCUUCUCGGCCUGCCAGUCUCUGUCCCCUUAGCUCCUCAUCCCCUCCUCUAAACCAUCUCUUUCCCUUUGUUCUUCCCCACUAGCCUCUGUCCCUCUCUGUGCCUUCUUCUCCCUGAUCCCAGCGUCCUGACGCCCAUUCCAGACGGUCACUUACGCAACAGACUGGAGGGCAAAUGGAUGGAGUGACUUUCUGGGCUCUCUGUGUAUUCAUUUGCAUCAAGACCAUUAUCCCCUCAUCCCUGCGCGUGGAGUUUCACAGUCUACUGCUGUAAGAGAUACCUUUUCAAACCAGUGGAUUUCCACGCAUCAGCUUUCAUUUUACAGCCCUUUACCGUACUUUACCGACUGUAUCAGCCCCAAUGCUAAACCCAGAAACCUGAGUUAAUAAGAGGAUUUGGGGGCCAUCCUUGUACAUUAUGCCGUGUGUGUUAUGUGUAAGUGUACACUUAAAUAGAUAUACAUGUAUGUAUUGCGUCAUUGACGGUGUAUUACAUAGACUCAGCUGUGCAGCGUUUUAAAAGGAUUAAUGCUUUAGCUCUGGGUUUUUAAGUGAGCAACAGUGAAUUCAUCAGCCUAAUGUAACUUUGCCACAAAUCCGUCCCUCAAUAAUGGAUACUUAAGCCAAGUCAAGUGGGAUUUAUUUGCAAUAAACCACAUCACCAGUGGA